AUGGCAGAUACUGUAUACGCUGUGAUCGACAUAAUCGAUGAGUGCCUCGCGAAUGGGAUUUUCGAUUAUCAAAAAGUUUCGGAAGGUGUCGAUAAUAUAGUGGCGGUUGGCGCAAUUCUAAGAGAUAAUGGGUCCAAUGGGCCGAUGGAUCAGUUGGGAGAGCUGGAGGGGAAAUUGGACGAGCUAAUCCAACAAAUGGAAGGCCACUUCAAUCAGCUAUCAGAAAUAAUGGGUGAGGACAACGAUAUGUAUAACGAUAUUACUGAAAAGGUCGCCAACUUAUUAUCGGCUGUAGCGACAAAUCUUGGGGACCCAGGCCAAGAAAGUUUUGGGAACUUGAUGAAUAUCAUUGAAGAAACGGCUCCAUUAGAGUGUGCAUAUCAAUUGGAAUAUUUGUUGGAGCAAGAGUCACUGAACCCAAUAUUGGUCAACGAAACGGAGGUUGAUCCACAACCCAUUUUGGAAGGUAUUUAUACUCAGCUUUUAUUUGUGGAGGCGUAUCUAAACGGGUUAAUCUACGACGAGAACAUGUAUGGACCUGAGAAGAUUAUGGACAUGGUUGAGGAGUUCCAGGAGGAUGUAGAGAAGUGGAAUAAUUGA